AUGGAUACUUCAGCCAAGGACGACAAAGCUGAAAAGGGACAAGCAGCGUACAUCGCUCCAUUGUCCACAGAGCCAAACGGCGAAGCAGCGACUCAAGAUGAGAUCCAGGAGCUGGAACAUGUCGCAGCCCGACUGCCAGCGCGGGUUUGGCUGGCCGCAACGAUUGGAAUGGCGGAGCGGUUUGCGUACUAUGGCACGCAGAGUCUCUUCCAAAACUAUCUCCAGAACAGCCCAGGUGAUCUCAUACCCGGCGCAAUGGGAUUAGGAAAGUCUCAUGCUACCACGGUCAAUUUGGCCUUUACAGUUGCGGUGAAUCUAUUGCCGUUGCCGGCGUCGAUAGUAGUUGAUGGACGUCUAGGGAGAUAUAAGGCUUUGCAGAUAUUCACUGGAGUCUACGCUCUAGGAUCCGCAAUCCUGUUCGGCACCUCAUUUCCCUCGGAAAUGAAGAGCGGCGUUUCUCUUAUAGGAUUUAUCUUGGGGAGCAUUCUGAUUGCUGUGGGACUGGGAGGUGUUCAAGCUUCAGUGCAGCCGUUUAUUGCGGACCAAUAUACAGAGCAAACUCUGCGGAUAAGAAUCAGAAAGAAUGGUCAGCGAGUGGUAGAGAGCCGCGAACUGACCAUCCAGUAUAUCUACAACGUAUACUAUUGGAUGGUGAACGUCGGCUCACUGGGAAGCAUUGCUACCACUUUGAUGGAGAAGUAUAUUGGAUUCUGGUCAGCGUAUCUGCUGGAUCUGUGUGCUGUGGUACUUGCCGUGGUGAUUGUCCUUUUAGCGAGACCAAAGUUUGGUAUGAGACACUUGUCGUCUGUUCUUCCCCGUGCAUCUCGCUGUCUAUGGUAUGCUGCCCGGGGAGGAUUCAGCCUGGACGCUGCUCGGCCAGAGUACCAGUUAGAGAAGCACCAGCGAGUGGUGCCAUGGGACAAGGAAUUUAUUUCUGAUCUUCGAGGUGCACUGUCUGCGUUCAAGAUCUGCAUUGGAUGGCCCAUUUUCUGGGUAUGUAUGGGACAGGGUGCUCAAGUCUCCAUCUCGCAAGCCGGACAGAUGGAAACUCACGGCAUCCCCAAUGACCUGAUUAAGUCGUCGAACCCGAUCGCCUACGUGAUCAUCGGCGUGCUCGUCCAGAAACAGCUCUAUCCUUUUCUCCGACGACGCAAAAUCCACUUCAGCCCCGUCAACCGCAUCAGUCUGGGAUUCUUCAUCAUGUCGGUCGCCAUGGGGUAUUCCGCAGUCGUGCAGGUAGUCAUCUAUCGCUCCGGUCCCUGCUACUCCCAUCCACUGUCGUGUGCCGCGUCGGGCGGCCGCAUCCCUAACCGAGUGCAUGUCCUGCUUCAGUUGCCGACGUUUGUGAUCAUCGCGCUGGCUGAGGUGUUUUGCUGGCCGACUGGUUCAGAAUAUACGUAUUCGCAUGCCCCGAAGAGUAUGAAGUCGGUUCUGCAGGCAUGCUAUAUCAGCACCGCCGGAGUCGGAUAUCUGCUAGGAAUGGCUUUGUCGCCUCUGGCUAAGGAUCCUUUACUUGUGGUGCUAUGGUCUUUGACGGCCGGGAUGAUGUUCCUGACGGCCUGCGCUUUUAGGAUCGCAUUCUGGAAGUCCUAG